CCUUCAAAAUAGAUUUCAGUGCAUGUUUCGGUACGAUGGUAGUUGAGAGGUAACAAUGCGUUUCUUCGCUAAAUUCUUUUUCAUCAUUUGUGGUUUUUCUUUUGUGAUCUUCUUCAUGGUUCUCAUGUCCGAUGAGGACGUUGAUUAUGUUGAGGAUAUUGAUCCUCUGGUCAAAUAUAUCCUGCUGUAUGAAGUCCCAUCAUGGAUGAAUCAUCCAAAGUUAGAUCCGCCUGAUGGAAAAUGCAUUGUGACAACAGAUAGGAAUUAUUUGCCGAAAAUUGAAAUGUUCGAUGCUGUGCUGUUCAGUGGGCAACAUUGGUGGAUGGUUGAGUGGAGUUUUCCAAGAAUACGAUCUCCGCAUCAGUUUUAUGUUUUUGUGAACUUGGAAUGUCCCCUCUUGACGUUCCACACGUUCGCAAUGGAUCCCAGGAAGGAGUUGUACAAUCUCACCAUGACUUACCGAAGAGACUCCGACAUUUACUGGCCGUACGGCUUCAUCUCAGAUCGAAAUUUAACGUACCUCAGUGCAGCAGAUGAGCCAAAUUGGCGGGAACCUGUCUUUGAUGAUCAAAUUGAUCCUGAACUUCAGGAGAAGAUCAGGAGAAAGAACAAAACUGCUGCGUGGUUCGUUUCAAAUUGUAACGGAAAAUCAAAUCGAAUUGAAUUAGUACGGUCCAUGCAGAAAACCAUAGAUGUCGACAUCUACGGCAAAUGUGGACCACUAGAGUGUACUUGGACUGAUCACGACAGAAAUGAUAAAUGCUACAGGCUCGUUGAGCAGAACUACUUCUUCUACUUCUCAUUCGAAAAUUCCCUCUGCAGGGACUACAUAACAGAGAAGGUCUUCAACAUUAUGAGCUACGACGUAGUUCCAGUAGUCUAUGGUGGUGCAAACUACUCACAACACCUUCCUCCGCAUUCCUACAUCGAUGCAAAUGACUUUGCCACUGCAACGGAUCUCGCAAAGUACCUAAAAAGCCUCACAAGGAACCCAAAAGAGUACGUCAAGUACUUCUGGUGGAAGAAGUACUACAAAACAGUUGUGAGUCGAAGGCUCUACAAUAAUCUCUGCAACAAACUUCACGACCUAUCUUCCGCCAAUGAAGAAGGAAAACCAACAAGACGAAGCUCUCAUACAGAUAUUAAAAGCUGGUGGAUGAAAAAUCAAUGUACUGAUUCUCACAACAUUCGAUUUGAUUAAGAUCAAAUAGUUUUAAUUGUCAGUUGAACGUUAAAUUAAAGUUUAAUAAAAAAAAAUUUAAGCCUUAA